AUGCUUCACAACUUUACAAAUCUGGAGUUACUAGCUCUCCCUCUUGGAGACAUCUCAUCACUGAUACCUGUAAGUAUUCAUCCCAAUAGCAGCCUCUUCAAGCUUCAUCAUCUCCACACACUAAACCUUCAUAACAGUUACUUUAAUCCUUCUUCUUCGAUCCCACAUAACAUUGGCCGAUUGAGGAAUUUGAGGCAUCUAAAACUCUCUGGCUUUGAUGGGAAAAUCCCAACAGAAAUCUCAUACCUUAACAAUUUGGUUUCACUUGAUCUUUCUCCUCCUUAUGAGUAUGAAUUACAACUUGAUGAGAGAACAUUUGAAGCAAUGCUUCAGAACUUCACAAAUCUGGAGAUACUUUCUCUCUCUGAAGUCAACAUCUCAUCUCCGAAUAUUUCUUCUUCCUUAACGGAGUUGGAUAUAUCAUACACAGGCAUCUCUGGUUCCAUUCCUGAUUCAAUUGGCACCUUGAAAUCCUUGAAUAUCUUGAGCCUCCAUAGAUGUCAAUUCUCUGGUUCCAUUCCUGAUUCCAUAGGCAACCUAACACAAAUUACGGAGUUGAUUUUAUCUUUUAAUCAUUUCACUGGCCAUAUUCCUUCCACAAUAUCUAAAUUGAAGCACCUCACAUGUUUAGAUCUUUCCUCCAACUCCUUUUCAGGUGAAAUUCUUGAUGUUUUCUCUAACCUCCAAAAGCUAAGUUAUUUAGAUCUUUCCUCCAACUCCUUUUCAGGUGAAAUUCCUGAUGUUUUCUCUAACCUCCAAGAGCUAUAUUAUUUAGAUCUUUCUUCCAACUCCUUUUCAGGUGAAAUUCCUGAUGUUUUCUCUAACCUCCAAGAGCUACGUUAUUUACGUCUUUCUGACAACUCCUUUUCAGGUGAAAUUCCUGAUGUUUUCUCUAACCUCCAAGAGCUAGAUCUUUCUUCCAACUCCUAUUCAGGUGAAAUUCCUGAUGUUUUCUCUAACCUCCAAGAGCUACGUUAUUUACGUCUUUCUGAAAACAGCUUCAUCGGUCCAUUUCCCGCUUCAAUUUUAAACUUGACACAUCUUGAAUACUUAGACAUGUCGAGUAAUUCCCUAUCUGGCCCACUGCCUAGCAACCCAAGCAUGCUCCAAAAUGUUCUCUCACUGGAUUUGUCUUACAACUCACUGAAUGGUACCAUACCAUCUUGGGUGUUUAGCCUACCUUUGCUACCUUCACUGUCGCUCCAACAUAACCGAUUCAGAGGACUAGCCGAUGAAGUGAUCAAAACAAACCCAACAUUAAAAGAACUGCAUUUAAGCAAUAAUCAACUCAGUGGUUCUUUUCCUCAAUCACUUGUGAAUCUCACAAACCUUGAAACCCUUGGAAUUUCAUCAAAUAACAUCACCGUUGAUGAGGGUAUGAAUAUCACCUUUCUUAGCCUAUCAUCUUUAUUCUUAUCAUCUUGUCAACUGAAGGAUUUUCCACACUUCUUGAGAAAUGUAAAGACACUUGUGUACUUGGAUAUUUCUAACAAUAAGAUUCGUGGUCAAAUUCCUGACUGGUUUAGCGGCAUGAGGUGGGACUCGUUGCAGUUCCUAAACCUUUCUCAUAAUUCAUUAACAGGCCACCUACCACAAUUUCGUUACCAUAACCUACAGUAUCUUGAUCUGAAAUUUAACUCCCUUCAGGGUCCACUACCUUUAUCCAUUUGUAACAUGAGUUCGCUUAUCUUAUUAGAUUUAUCACACAACUACUUCAGUGACUCAGUUCCACAUUGCUUGGGAAGCGUGGCUAGUCUAAUGGUGCUAGACUUAAGAAGGAACGAUUUCACAGGGAGUCUUCCCCCAUUAUGUGUACACAGCACUUCGUUGAGUACCAUUGUCAUAAAUGGUAAUCGAUUUGAAGGACCUGUUCCUGUGUCGUUGCUCAAGUGUAAUGGUCUACUAGUCCUUGAUAUGGGGAACAAUGCUAUAAAUGACACGUUUCCAGCUUGGCUCGGAAUUCUUCAAGAGCUGCAGGUCCUUAUAUUAAAGUCGAACAAGUUCCAUGGACCUAUAAGUAUGUGUCAGACUAAGUUUUGCUUUCCCAAGUUGCGAAUUUUUGAUCUUUCUCGUAAUGAUUUCAGUGGCUCACUUCCUGCAAAAGUUUUUGGAAACUUCAAGGCAAUGAUCAAAUUAGAUGGUGAAGACACAGGAAAUAUCAAGUACAUGGAAUCUGCGUUGUAUUCGCCAUUUGUCACAUCGUAUGAGGAUUCAGUGAGUUUGGUAAUCAAAGGGCAGGAUAUUGAGCUAGAAAGAAUCAGCACAAUUAUGACAACCAUAGAUCUCUCACGCAACCAUUUUGAAGGUGUCAUUCCGAAAACACUAAAGGAUCUUAGCUCACUUUGGCUACUCAAUUUAUCCCAUAACAAUCUCAUAGGUCAUAUUCCAAUGGAACUGGGGCAAUUGAAUACGCUUGAAGCUUUAGAUCUCUCCUGGAAUUGGCUCACUGGAAAGAUUCUGCAGGAACUGACAAGAAUGAACUUUCUGUCCUUCUUAAACGUCUCUACAAAUCAUCUCGUCGGACCAAUUCCUCACGGUCUACAGUUCAACACAUUCGAAAAUGAUUCGUAUGGCAGAAACCUUGAUUUAUGUGGUCUUCCUUUAUCAAAGCCAUGUGGAACGAGUGAUUCAUCACAUGUUCCUCAACCAUUGGAGUCCGCAGAAGAAGGCGAGUCAUAUUUUUUUAGUGGAUUUUCCUGGGAAUCAGUAGUAAUAGGCUACAGUUUUGGACUUGUCGUUGGAACUGUCAUGUGGAGCCUCAUGUUUAAAUAUCGUAAGUCAAAGUGGUUUGUGGAAUUUUUUGAUGGACUCAUGCCUCACAAAAGAAGAAGGCCAAAGAAGAGAGCUCAGAGAUGA